CUUGCUACAUAUCUUACAUAUCGUCAACAAACCAGACAUGGCUCGUGAAUAAAUUAACUUGCCGAUAAGAAAUCCUUAUCGCGCUCCUCAAAACUCCGCGGCCCACUCCAACAUUUCUCACCUCUCACCACACCAUUGACCUCAAUUGCUCACAAAGCGACCCAAAAUGGUCCGCAUAAAACACCGCUACCUCCUCAUCGACAUCCUCUACCCCGAACCCCCCAAAUCAUCAUCUGCAUCCGUCCCUCGCCAUCUCCCCUUCCACCCUCCAACCCCCGACACAUUAACCCCGGGCCUCUUCGCAAAGCUCGUGCGCGAAAGCAUAUGCGACAUAUUCGGUGAUUACGGGGUUGGCAAAGUCGGUGGAGCUUCGGGGGGGAGUCUGAACGUCAAGUAUUUGUCACCGGCGACGGGGACGGUUAUCCUCAGGUGUCCGCGAGAUGCAUAUAGACUUGUUUGGGCAGCGCUUACGUACAUGAGUUCCGUACCAGCCCCGAAAAAGGGUGGAGGUGGAAGUGGAGAGGGGAGGAGUGGGAAUGUGCCGGCUGUGUUUAGGGUUGUUAGGGUCUCGGGCACGAUGCGGAAGGCCGAGGAGGAGGCGAUUCGGAGGGCGAGGAGGGAGGUGUUUAGGACGAAGGGCGCUGUUAGGGAGGGUGUGGAGGGGUUGUUGAGGGGGAUAAGUACAGGAGGUGGUGAGGAUUUUGUGGCCUUUGAUAUGGAUGAGGAGGAAGAGGGAUGAUUAUCAUGGAGA